AUGAGGUCCGACCCAGGCACCAGGAAGUCAGACGCCUUUUGUGAGUUCCACCAAGAACGUGGACACAAAAUGGAAGAUUGCCACGCUCUAAGAUUAGAAGUAGCGAACCUGCUGCAGCAGGGACACCUCAAAGAAUUACUCAGCGACAAAGGCAGGAACACCUUAGUAAGGGGUCGAGAACGCCCAGGCCCACCAAAGCGGCCCUCGCCCGCUCGUACCAUCAACAUGAUUAUUGGUGGCAGUGACGACGCCUCCAUCAAUGACAUCAAGUCCACCACCACUCACAAACUCAAGAGAUCAAUCACCCACGAAUGGUAUGACGACCUCAAAGAAAGUAUCAUCUUCGACGAGUCAGAUGUCGACGGUUUGACUUUCCCUCACAAUGAUGCACUUGUCAUUACUUUAUGGAUGCUUGAUACUGAUACUAGGAGAAUUAUGGUAGACGACGAAAGUGGAGCGUGCAUCAUCCAUCCUCGGCUCCUCGUACAGAUGCGACUUGAGGAUAAGAUAGUGUCCCACUGCAUUACACUAACCGGUUUUAACAAUGCAGCUGAACGAACUUCUGGCAAGAUCACACUCCUCGUCCUUGCUGGUGGGGUGACGCUAGAGACCACAUUCCAUAUCAUGGAUUAG